GCGUGAAAGUCAGUAGAUAACUCUCGUCAGGUCGUCAGUCGGAUAGCGAUUACUGUCAAUCAGUCAGUAGAGCAGGGGUAUCAUUUGCACACUGUUGUAGUGGAUACUGCUGCGCCUACUUCGGUCGGUGAUGCGGUGUUAUUAUUAAAUUAGAGGAAAAAUUCAGUUUUUGUAAUUCGGUGGAUCGCAGGGCGAAAAUCUUACUUUCGGUUACGGCGUUCGGUGGGUGGUGUUUUAGAGAAGCUCGAUAGGGGACAGCAGUGCGUGAAACAGUGCACGGUCCUAGGCCCUGGAUGCAAUUACGCGACAGGGCGACACCACAGAGGAUGACCUGCUGGGGAAUUUUCUUCUGCUUGGCUCGUUGCGACGGAAAAAAUAAUCGGAUGGGAAAUUAAAACGGAAGGUGCUAAAUUUCGCGUGUUAUUUGCCCUCGGUUGGCUGAAUGCUGGAAGAUUUCUGUCUGGGUUUCUGGGAUAUCACAGUGUGGCAAGAGAGGCGUAGUGUAUACGUGACAGUGGGGAAGGCGAAAGGGUUGGUAUCUAAGCUGAAGUUGUGAAGGAAGAUUAGUUGAAGAUUUGCCAGGAAGGGCAGUCAGCAGAGGCAGGGGAUUGUGCCAAGGCAGUAAGGCAAACCAGAAGGGAGUUGUUUUUGUUAUUAUUGUAUCGUUGUUAUUGAUUGGAUAGUGUCGUUGCUUGCAUUGCAUACGGACGAGGAGUUGCGACCGAAGAUCAGUUUGGAUAAUUGCGAUUAUCUGUUGCACAGACACACGACUAGAAUACCGCUAUGGCGAGUCACGCAGAAUAUGGAUACCUGUCUGGAGCCGAUGAACUGAACAAUGAGGAAGGAACUUGCUGCCGUUUGCGAAUAAAGGUAAUCGCUGGACAUCAACUGGCCAAAAAAGACAUAUUCGGUGCUAGUGACCCGUACGUUCGGAUCGACCUCAACACCAUCUCCGGCGACGAAAACAUCGACUCGGUGCUAACGAAAACCAAGAAGAAAACCCUCAACCCCGUAUGGAACGAAGAGUUCAUCUUCCGGGUGAAGCCCAGCGAGCACAAGCUGGUGUUUCAGGUGUUCGACGAGAACCGGCUCACGCGGGAUGACUUCCUGGGGAUGGUGGAGCUGCCGCUCGCGCAGCUGCCGAAGGAGCCCACCGACGACGGUGUUCAGGUGCCAACCAAAAGCUAUCCGCUGCGGCCCCGAAGGUCAGUAGGUGCUCGAUCAAAGGUGCGAGGACAGCUGGAUCUAUAUCAUGCCUACAUCCAAGAUCAGAACGCAUCCAGUGAAACGGAUUGGGAAAUCAUCGAGACAAACAAUUCGAUCUCCAGUAACUCCAACAUCGCCAGCAGUGCAGCAGACACGCUUCCAUCCGGUUGGGAAGAACGGCAGGAUGCCAACGGGCGUACGUACUACGUGAACCAUUUGCAGCGGACGACGCAAUGGGAGCGACCAACUGCCACUUUAACUCAAUCAUCCCAGGACAACGACAUGGCUGCAGCCUUCCAAAGACGUGUUCAUAUCAGCGUUGACGACAACAUCACGGAUAACGAAAGUGCGAGCACCGACAACGAUUCGGUGUGUUUGACGAACGAUGAAGGCGACGGCGAUGAGGAGUUGAUUGGUGGCCGGGGGUCACGAUCAGCAUCACUCACGACCUUCUCGCGUCGUGAAACCGUCGAUUCGCAAUCCUCGCCCGUCAUUGACGAGGAACAACCCGAACAACUGCGGGAAGAAGUUGAUCCGGAAGCGCUGCGGGAUGACGAAAUUGGAUUUGAUGCACUUAGCAUCGAUAUUGAGGACGAACUGGAUCAAGAGGCAAGCAAUGCAAGCCUGGCCUCAACUCUUCGGUCUACCACCUCGUUGAACAAUUCGGAAAGCUCUCUCGGUGUUGUGUCGGAAGCGGGACGUCCGAUGUCGUCAAAUGGCAACCGGGAAGAUGUGGAGAACGGCGUAGUGCUUCGGUCGGAUUCGCUACGAUCGCUGCCGACGAUCCGGGUCAGUUCACCACCGCACCUGCCGGCCGCACUGAUCAGAAGCCCCAGUCGGGUGGCUUCGGUGGCGAAUCCCACACUGGCUGGAGUUAACCGUAGAAAAAGACUUCCACCAACGGUUCCUUUUAUUCUGCCACGACAACCUUCCCUGAAUGAGCAGCGUCUUGACGAGGGUGAGGAAGAAGCUCCUCCCUCACCGCAAGAAGUUCUCCAGUUCGGUGAAGACGAGGAUGAGGACUUGGAUCAUGCGGUGCAGAAUCGUGUCCUACAGCACCUCAACGAAGUUAGCCGCCGCUCGUCGAGUCGCUCAUCGAUCGGAAGCGUUGGCAGUGCCGGUCCUCCCGGUAGGGCUGGAGAUGCUGACGAAGCAGACAGUGGAGGUGGACGGCGAUCAUCUACCAACAACAACAAUGACACGGGCGAUGACCGUUCUUCGCAGUCGUCCACAUCCAAUGAGAACGAUUCGUCCAGUAGUAGUCCGGCUGGAGCGGAUGUGGUACUGCCUGCAGGUUGGUCCAUGCAGCUGGCGCCGAACGGAAGGGUAUUCUUCAUCGAUCACAACGAGAAGAAAACCUCAUGGGUAGAUCCAAGGACCGGACGAGCCAGUCCAAUGCCAAAUGCGUCCAGCAGUACAGCUGUGAGCGAUCCGAGACGCCCGGAGGACGGACUGGCGCCCCUGCCGGAAGGAUGGGAAGAGCGGGUGCACUCGGAUGGAAGGACUUUCUUCAUCGAUCACAAUACCCGAACCACUCAAUGGGAAGAUCCACGCUUGUCGAUGCCAAACAUUGCCGGCCAAGCAGUACCUUACUCAAGAGAUUACAAACGGAAAUACGAGUAUUUGAAGGGACAGUUACGGAAACCGGCCAACGUACCGAACAAGAUCGAAAUUAAGGUUCGCCGGGCUUCGAUUCUGGAGGACUCGUACCGCAUCAUCAAUUCCAUCACCAAAACGGAACUGCUGAAGACUAAGCUGUGGAUCGAGUUCGAGGGCGAAGCUGGCCUCGACUAUGGUGGUUUGGCCCGCGAGUGGUUCUAUCUGCUGUCCAAAGAGAUGUUCAACCCGUACUAUGGUCUGUUCGAGUACUCCGCCAUGGAUAAUUACACCCUGCAGAUCAACCCGUUCAGUGGGCUGUGCAACGAAGAUCACCUGCACUAUUUCAAAUUCAUCGGAAGGGUCGCGGGGAUGGCGGUGUACCAUGGCAAACUCCUGGAUGCGUUCUUCAUCCGGCCGUUCUACAAGAUGAUGCUGCAGAAACCGAUCGAUCUCAAGGAUAUGGAAUCGGUGGAUAUGGAGUAUUACAACUCCCUACUGUGGAUCAAAGAGAACGACCCGAGCGAGUUGAUGCUGACGUUCUGCGUAGAUGAGGAAACAUUUGGAUACACGAGUCAACGGGAGCUGAAGCUUAACGGAGCAGAUAUUGAAGUCACGAAUGAAAAUAAGGACGAGUACAUCAAGCUGGUCAUUGAGUGGAGGUUCGUGGCGCGAGUUAAGGAUCAGAUGUCAGCUUUUCUGGAUGGAUUUGGUCAGAUCGUUCCCCUGAAUCUGCUGAAGAUUUUCGACGAGAACGAACUGGAGCUGCUGAUGUGCGGCAUUCAAAGCAUCGACGUCAAGGACUGGAAACGGAAUACUCUCUACAAGGGUGAUUACUACGCCAACCACGUCAUCAUCCAGUGGUUCUGGAAGGCGGUGCUGUCGUUUUCGAACGAGAUGCGAUCCCGGUUGCUGCAGUUUGUAACGGGAACCAGCCGAGUACCAAUGAACGGAUUCAAAGAGCUGUAUGGAUCGAAUGGUCCGCAAAUGUUCACGAUAGAGAAGUGGGGCACACCGGAGAACUAUCCACGAGCGCAUACCUGUUUCAACCGACUGGAUCUACCCCCCUAUGAAAGCUAUUUGGCGCUGAAAGAUCGACUGAUCAAAGCCAUCGAAGGCAGUCAAGGAUUCGCGGGCGUUGAUUAAAUCCUUCGAAUCGCCUUGUAAAUAUUCUGAAAUUGACGACCCACUGGAAGAGCCAACAUUCCUUGGGAUAUGCAGCCUCAGCUUAAACCUUCCCAUUAUCGCUUACCCAACGGUAGCCCCCACAUGUAGCAGAGAUUCGUCCAUCACCUUCUCGAACUCCGCUGCCUGAACAGUUUUACCAACACAUGACAAUCUACGUUAACACCCAGAAGCAUGCGCAUUAUAGAGGAAAAACAGACAGAGUUUAGCUCCUGCGGCUGCCAAAACCAAUCCCAAUUUAUCACGCUUAUAAAACCGCCUCUGUGAGCGAAGUUAGCUCAUUUUGUUGGCCGUUGUUUCGUGUUAGUUAAAACUCAUCAUUAUCGAAUCAAAUUUAGGAAAACUAUUUUGCCUUAGCAAUGAACGCACUUGCACUGUUUGAUCGUAUUAGAAGAACAUUUAAAUUGUUAGGUGACGCCAAAAUUUUGCCGACUUGUGUACCCGUGAUGUUAAUAACUUUUGUAAACCUAAAUCAAAAAAGUUGUUUUAUAUGUUGAUAUUUUGAUCGUUUGCCCUCCUGAACAAAUUGACAGAAACGAGACUUGUUCGAUCUACCUUUAUACCAUUGUCAUGAGAUCUAGAUUUUUCUAACUCCUAUUAUAAAUAGUCGUGACAUUAAAUCUAAACAAAACGUUGUUACUUAAACUGUUAGAACUUUUAUCAGAGAGGGAUCGCUCUGGAGAAGAAGGAGGUUUGACAGUAUGGUACCGACACGAAGUGAUAUGGCGGGCGAAGCAAUUGUUCAUCGAGCAUGUAGCCUCUGAAAAGGGCAUAAUUGAUGGCAGGAAGCGGGGACGAGAUUACGUUUAGUGGGAUAAUUUAUAUGGAAUCAAAGAAAUACUAUACGUAGCUAAAUAUUUUCAAAGUAUUUUAAAUUCUUAUGACAGAGUAAAAUUAUAAAAUAUUACGCUGA